CCUAAUGUCAUUGGUGCAAAUAUUGCACAUCGAAUUGCAGUAUUGAAUGUGUAGAAGCGAUGCAGAAUUCUUGACAUAGACUUAAAUAAUAUAACUACCAUAAAGCAACAAUAUUUUUGAAUAUAAAAGUUUAUAGUGAAUAUGGGGCACAUGUGUCUUUAAGAGAGGGGUAAAUAUGUAAAAGUUGAGUGAUAUUGGUUUGUCGAAUGCGGAUUAAAAAAGCGCAACAAAUGUAAACGAGUCUAAAUGGUGUCACGACCUACUACACUCUCAACCAUCGUCGUCUCUCCAAACCUUCGCACCAGACUCGCCAACCGCCUAACCUCCUCCACCUUUAUUGUUACGCAAAGCAAUUUUCGGAGGGGUAAAUAUGGAAAGGUUGUUGCUUGGAGAGCUGAAUGGUGGGUUAUUUAGCUUCUUUGACAGUAAUGUGUGAUCUCUUAACAUCAGUUCAUUUGGUUGAUCUGCUAGGUUGUCUUUUGAGUUGAUUAAAGAUAAACAGUGUCCUGGGCUCCCGGCCUACUAAACGCUCAACCAUCAUUGUCUCUCCAAACCUUCCCAUCGGACUCGACAACCGCCUAACCUCUUCCACCUAUAUUGUUACGCAAAGCAAUUUUCGGAGGGGUAUAUAUGAAAAGUUUGAGUGGUCUUGCUUUGAGAGCUAACUGAUGGGUUAUUUAGUUUCUCUGACAGUAAUGUGUGAUCUCUUAACAUUAGUUCAUUUGGUUGAUCUUCUAGGUUGACUUUUGAGUUGAUUAAAGCUAAAUAGCUAUACUUUUUGUUGCUUCUAUUAUGAUACUCCUUUUCAGUAUCAUCAUUUUUCUGAUUUGAAAUAUUUUUGUGGUUAGUUUCCCGUAAACAAAGACUAUUCUGAUUAGUGUUAACAUAGGAAAUAUCUUCAAUCAUACCACUUUUACACAAAAUUUAUAUGCAAGAGUUUCGAUCAUUGCCGAAUUGAACUAUUCAAGCUAUAAUGUUGAUCUUCAACAUAUAAAACAUGGUUUCUUUUGAGUGAAAUAACCUCAUUAUUGCAGAUAAGUUUUUACAAGAUAAUGUUUUGUGAUAGUGGUCACUUACUUUCAGAUAUAAAAGUGGGGUUCUAAUUAAUACAAUAUAAAAAGUACGAGUGAUAGUCAUAAUUGGAGCAGAUAAAAGAUGGUUUGAUAUACUUUUAUCUCCAAGGAAUAAAUACGUGGUGAGCAUAUGUUGUAAUGGGAAGGACAAACUGAAUAUUUUGUGUUUGUAGUAUAGCAUGUUGAUAUAUACGCAUGUCUAGACCCGAUCGAUUGGACAUCUCCACCUGGAAUUUAUUGUCGAAAUUUUUGCUCAUCAAAACCGCGUGCCAAGUUAGCUCCCUCUUUUAUCCUUAUAUCUUUCUUAAUCUGAACAUGCAUACCCUCAUAGGAAACAUGUACAGAAUUGUAAUUUGGGUGCUUCAUUAGUGUUGUUUCCAUAAGAUUGUAUUAUCUAAGGUGGUUGUUCUAGAAUUGUGAAUCGUGAUUGUAUAUGCUUUAAGAAAUUGUCAAGUUAAGCUUUAAAAGAAGCUAACUUGAUCUUCCUCUUUCAUUUAGAUGGUAAGAGAAAUGACCCAAAUCAAAUUGAUUGGGGGUUGACUAUGCCCGAGAAAUGGUUUAACCUUCUUUGGAGCAUCACAAGAGCCUGAUAGUAUCUCAAUCAAAACAAUUUUUGUUUUCAUGCCUGAUGUUGAUACAAGUUGUUUACCUAGAGGAGAGCCCUAGCAAGUUAGCUCUUGGAGUUGCGAUGCGAAAAUAGGUAAGGUAGAAAUGUUGUAUACAAAAUACAUACUAUGAUCAUAUAGAAUGCGUUGGUAGAGAUAGUAAUCAAUCUCAUUUAAUUGACGAAGCCACUAAGGAGAAGAGAGGAAUCACCAUUGAUACUCUAAAUUUUACAAGGCUAUUAUAAUGAUUAUUUCUUUCAUUUCACAUAAAUUUGUAUUAUGACUGAAGUGAUAUUACCCCAAGUCAUAUAUUGCAGCAAGGAAUGGUCGUUUGAAUUAAUGUGCAUUGAUGCAAAAUGUUUUGUAGCUGCCACGAAGGAGUAAGAGUGGACUAAUCAGUGUGUUUGCUGCGGAGAAGGAUAAUAAUAAAUGGAGAGGGUUCAUGACGAUUGACUUAUACACAUUGAAGACAUAGAAAGUACAGAGUUGUAUGUCAUUUGUGUGUUUAGCGUAGCAGAGUGGUUAGGAGUGAUUUGGUAGGAUUUCACAAUGGUAGGGAUAUUGACAAAACUUAUUAUCUGUUGGUGCUUCCAGGCGUAUAUAGCUCGCCUGCUUCUUUUGUUUGUAUAUGAGAUUUCUACGCAUUCUAUCGACUUGAUUUGGACAUUGCUGUUUUUUGUUUUUUCAGCCAGGGAUUCAUCGCCUUUGGCGUCACUGUUGUUUUUGGUCUAAGGGCAAUCCAGAUUGUGUUUUUCUUAUGAAAUCUCUUGGUGACUUCCAUUUUUACCAUCGAUAGUCGGAGCCAAGUAAGUAUUCCUUCGGUUUUUCCAUGUUCAUUCUAGGGGCAUCAUGGUGCAUGGCAAUAGUGGCUAUAUUUAAGGCUAAUUGCUUGGUUUGGAUUGUCCAUUAUAGUGUUUAUGUUUUACUGUUUCUUUUGCAUGCAAUGGGAUAAUGACUUACCAUCAUAUUAUUAUGGUGUUGUUGACCUACCUCCGGCCAUCGUCGCAUACAUGUUAACGGGUAAUAUCAGUUAGAAUCAAACAGUCGAUUUCCGAGACUACGUCCGACCAAAGGACCGGGUAAUAAGCUAGUUUAUUAUUAGAGUCUUAGAAGUUAGGUGUUUUUUAUAAUUUUUUCGGAUUGUUGUAAUCGAUCCUUCCCAAUUUUUUGGUGGACAGGGAUACAAUUACUCCUCUGGAGUGUGGCAUUUCGAAGGGCAAGGGUUCGUCCCAGGCCGCACCUCUGGUGUCUGCAUAAUGCAAGUAUUUUGGAGCAAGUGGGCACGCUACAACUCUAAUGCUUCGAGUCUAUGGUGAUAAUCUAGUCGUCUACAGAUCCAAAAUCCUUCCCAACAUUCAUAACAAAUGGUUUAGGUUGAACGUCAUUCACAAUGUAGAUGCUGGCAAAGUUAUGUUCUACAUUGAAAGAUCUCUUGUGUAAAAAGGACCCGAUCACGGCGGCAAUUCUCACUACUUCAAGUUUGGAGUUUAUGCUCAGGAUGACGAUUCUCAUCUCAUGGAGUCUCAGUUGGAAGGAGUCAAGAUUUUCAAGAAGAAGUAACAUGACAAUAUCCCCACUCAAGAUUUUGUAAUAACCAAUAUUUUAGAAUCAAUGUAGUACGUUUUAUAACUUAAACUUGCCCUAUGACCUAUGGUUUGCUGUUUUGAGAUUUGAUGUAUGGCUAUGCCUUAGAGUUUAGACUUCGAUUUUUCACCCAAAAAAUCUAAGUUUAUGGUCUCUUGAGUGGGCUAGUGGAAUGUGGAUGAAUAUGAUUUCGAACUUUGAAGAAUAAUGUAGGUUGAGGGGGUUGAAUUUAGGGAGAAUUGAAAUAGGAUUUAGAGAAGAUAGGGGGAAGGGUCCCUGAUAGCCAAGAGGAUAUCGAAAAAGAGGUAGAGAGAGAAGAGAUUUAGAGAAAGAGAUUUGAGUCAGAAGAUAAGAGAUAAGUCAUUCAUAUUAUUGAAAUUAUGAGAAUUUGUCUCAAUUCCCAUAUUUUAUAAAAUCAAGAAAUUGACUUGUGGUAAUUGAGCGAGAAUUCAUGUAUGAAAAUGUUUAAUUUUGAGAAAAUUGUUAGGUAAAUUAUUGUCACGCAUAUGUGAAAAUUUUGUGUUCUUUAAAUAUUUACGAAGAAUGUUUUAUACUGUUUCGGAGAACGCUCACAAAUCAAAAUGACCCGAAACCUGAUUCAAAAUCCGAUGAUGGAUGGAAUCAAGAUAUGACUCGAAAUUAGCCAACCCAACUUGACUCAACCUGUGACUCCACCCUUCCCAACCUAAAAUUACUUGACCCCGACCUAAUUGUCAGGUCUAAGUUACUACUUUCUAAUCGGAAUGCCGAAAGAAAAAUCUCUCCACCCUGAUAAACACAAAUUCAACAACGACCGUACAAAUGUCCCUCAUUCCGGAUCAGCCAUCCUUAUUUUGAAGUCCGAUUCCGCAAAAAUGAGCAUUAUUAGCUCUGUUUGUUCCGACACCCGUAAUCAGGCGCUUUAAUUUUUUUUGUGGGAAAGGUAAGCAGUUGGCCGGUUUUGCUUCUCGUGAUGAGCAGAAAUGAAACUUUUUUUUUGGUAAAGUCGUCUCAUCACGAGAUCCCUCUACGUUUCGCAACUACAUUGCCCGGCCGACCAUAUCAACGUAACCCCAAAAACCCAAACCCAACCCGCUCUCUUCACAUAAUUUUCCACAGAGACUCGGACGGGGCCCGUUGCUUCUUCUACAUAAUAAUAAUAAUGGACGAACCAAACCAAGAGCCUCAUCGCUACGAAGCCAGGAAGCUCGACUUCAAUUUGCCGCUCUUGUCCACUAGGCGCCACGGCCGCCGCUGCGACGACGACGAAGUGGAGCAGCUCUCCUGUAGCACGGCCGCAAACUCCAUCAAUCUUCCCCACCGCGUUCCCUUCUGCUGGGAACGGGCUCCCGGCCGGCCGGUCAACGAUGCGGGCGACGACCAAGACGACUGGACUCCCCGCCUCCGGCUGCCGCCCUGCAGAUGGCAUCCCACGCAAACAGACGACGUCGUUCAGGACGAAGGGUGUGAUGCUGACGUGGACGAGGACGGGUACGAGGGAGAUUAUUAUAAUAAUAAUAAUAAUAGUAAUAGCUACUCCAACGUGGACGCGCUGUCGCUGACGGAGGCCAUCGACAUCGCCCAGAGAGGCGACGGCGAAUUCGGCCGCCGUGAGAGGUUUAGUGUCAGCAGCAGUAGAAACGGCAACGACGGUGCUGGCGGCGGCGGCGGCGGAUCCCCUAAUUUCAUGAUGGAGAGGUUCCUACCUGAUGCGACGGCGCUCGCGGCCUCGUCGGUGCUCUACUCGACCAACAAGAUGCUCCCGUUCUAUGCGCCGGAUUCGGACUCGCCGGCGUCGGUGGUUUCGGACAAAGGGUGUGGGCUGGAUGCUCUGCUGCCGUGGCGGACCAAACACAAGCUGUGCAACGCCAAGAGCCCCGUGCGACAAGCGCCGCUUAGUGCGAAGCAAAAGAGAGAUCAUCGUUCGGCUGGUAAGUAAGGCGUGCGGUGCGGGGAUGUAAUUAAUUAAUUAAGUAGACAUGUUAAUUAAUUGUUUUCACUUUUAAGGCUAAAGAUGAAAUGUUAUUUGAUGGUAUGUUUGUAUGGCUAGGAAUCCAUUCAUUCUUUAUCGUGAAUAUGUAUGGUACGACUGAAAAAUUAUAGUUGCCUUGUAAUUUUUCCCCUCCAUGUUGUCCAAUAAAAAUACCACACUUGUUUUUUACUUUAGGAAAACAGUCCAAUCUGGUUAAUUAGAUUAUUUUGCCCGAUCAAUAGAAAAAAGCAGUCUUCAGUCAACUCAUCGACAGAAUCCGCAAGAAAAUUAAAAUGUGGAA